AUGACUGUAUUUGAGCACCCGGUGUACGAGAAACUCUCCGAUUACAGGUUCUAUCUGUGCUCGACCUCGCCGCGGCGCAAGGAGAUUCUCGAGAUGAUUGGGUUCCAUCCCGAGAUCUGCCCGUCUGAUUUUGAAGAGAACCUGCCAAAAUCAGACUUCACCGUAGAGGAGUAUGUCAGGGAGACCGCAAAGGGCAAGUGUCUUGCUGUGUGGGACCAAUUGAAGAAGGAAGGUAAGACAGACAAGGUUUUCCUGCUUUCUGCCGACACGGUUGUGGAGAACGAGGGAAUCAUUUACGAGAAGCCCAAAACCAAAGAAGAGAAUUUCCGUGCUAUUUGCAAGAUGCGGGACUCGAAACAACCGGUGCGUGUUCUUUCUGGUGUGGUGAUGUUGCUGAGUGACGAGACAACGCAGGGGAAGCCAGAUAACUGCAAAAUCACCGUGUUCACCGAGGUGACGGAAAUUCUCAUGGAAAGAUCUGUCUCGGACGCGUUUGUGCACCAGUACACCGAGACAGGCGAAGGACUACAGGUUGCUGGUGGGUUCCGUAUCCAGGGAUUUGGAGCCCUGAUGAUGCAGGGGGUGAACGGAGACUAUUACAACGUUGUGGGGCUUCCGCGAUUGUACGAUUUUAGGGAAGGCUCUUGCUCAAUUAAGUUUAUUUUAUAUAAAAUGUCUGCCAUUGCCACAUUGAGAUUGGCUUCACGGCCUGCUAUGCGGGUUUCCAGAGGCCCAGUGCUUAGAUUUGCAGCCUUGACAAGAUUCUACUCCUCCAAGUUUCCUGAACAUACGGUUAUCGGUAUGCCAGCCUUGUCUCCAACCAUGACCCAAGGUAGCUUGGUCAAGUGGCACAAGAAGGUGGGAGACGCAUUGUCUCCCGGCGAGGCGAUUGCCGAGGUCGAGACCGAUAAGGCCUCGAUGGACUUUGAGUUCCAAGAGGAGGGGUUCUUGGCUAAGAUCCUUGUUCCGGACGGAACCCAAGACAUUCCUGUCGGUAAGCCUGUUGCCGUGUACGUUGAGGAGUCUGGCGAUGUCGCUGCUUUUGAGAACUUCACUGCUGCCGACGCUGGCGACAGUUCUUCUCCAGCCCCAGCUGCCAAGGAGGAGGAAGCUCCGAAAGAGACCAAGGAAGCUCCAAAGGAAUCCUCCAAGGAAUCAUCCAAGGAGGCCUCGAAACCAAAGUCCACAUCUUCUGCUCCAUCUGGAAGAAUCUUCGCCUCUCCAUUGGCCAAGAACAUUGCUUUGGAGAAAGGUAUCUCUCUUAAGGAGGUCAAGGGUACCGGUCCUAACGGCAGAAUUGUUGCCAAGGACGUUGAGAACUACAAACCAGCCGCAGCUGCUGCUCCUGCUGCAAGCCCAUCUGCUGCUCCUGCUUCUGCAGCUUACACUGACAUCCCAUUGACCACCAUGAGAAAGGUCAUUUCUAAAAGACUCACAGAGUCCAAGCAGACCUCUCCUGACUACAUUGUGUCUUCUAGCAUCUCUGUGUCGAAGCUGCUCAAGCUCAGAGCUUCGUUGAACAGCAAUGCCAACGACAGAUACAGAUUGUCUGUGAACGAUCUGCUUAUCAAAGCCAUUGCCAAGGCCUGCGAGAGAGUGCCAGAGGUCAACGCAUACUAUCUUGAGAACGAGGGAGUUAUCAGACAAUUUUCGAACGUUGACGUUUCUGUUGCCGUUGCUACUCCUGCUGGUCUGAUCACCCCAAUUGUGAAGAAUGCUCACACCAAGGGUUUGGAGACCAUCUCCAAGGAGGUGAAGGAUCUCGGAAAGAGAGCCAAGGAAAACAAGCUUUCUCCAGAAGAGUUCCAAGGAGGAACCAUCACCAUCUCGAACCUGGGAAUGAACCACGCCGUCACCUUGUUCACCUCCAUCUUGAACCCUCCUCAAUCCGCCAUCCUGGCCAUCGGUACUGUCGAAAAGAAGGCGGUGCCAGACAAAGCCAGCCCGCACGGAUUUGUGUUUGAUGACGUGAUUAAUAUUACCGGUACUUUCGACCACAGAACCGUGGACGGUGCCAAGGGAGGAGACUACAUCAGAGCUCUCAAGACCAUUGUGGAAAACCCAUUGGAAAUGCUUCUAUUCAAGAUGGACGGGUCGUCCGGGCUUGAUGAAGUUGAGUUGACUUAUCUGGUGAUAUUUUCCACGCUCAUCACUUUACUGCUGCUAGUUUCCAUUUUCUCGCUCAUAUACUACCUUUUCUUUAGAGACUCCCUCUAUGACGCCAGUGAGCUAGAGUCCAACCAAAUAUGCGAUGUUUUGAAGUACAGCCCUUCCAACUACAGAAACGACGCGCUUUACAAGUCGCUUAGCGAGAUCGACAGACUUCGGUUCAUUCUUGCAAGACAGUUUUUCGAAAUAUCGCCCCCUGUAUUGCAUUUCAACACUUCAGGCGAGAUAGACACCACUUAUUUGCUGAUCAGAGACCGCGGCAUCAGCAGUUUCUACUUCGAGACGUACCAGGACCAGAUGUCCGAGCUUGUGCAAAACUUGGAGGACGCUGAGCUCGACGAGGUUUCUGAAACCACAGCCCUGUUACAGCCCAAGAAACCAAACUACCGUCAGGCGCAGUUCAAGAAGGUGCCAUAUUUUGUCGAGGACCUGACCGAGAUCACGUUUGUGGGCCGGUCGCAGAGCUCUGCAAUCUUGAACCUGCCUAUCCCCAUCAGAAACAGAAAGAACGACACAGUCUACUUCGAGACAAAGCUGUACAGUUUUGACCACAAUAAAUGCACAGUUGCCAUUGGAUUGUGCACCAAACCGUACCCGAACUUUCAGAUGCCGGGAACAUGUCCGUACUCAGUUGCAGUGCAAACAGACGGUUUCCUUAGGCUGAGCAACAAGCCGUUUUUGAACGACCCCGAUCUGCCGGUGAUUCUGCCACAGCUGAUCGAGGGAGACGUGGUCGGAAUCGGCUACAAAGCAUCCAAUGGGUCCGUGUACAUCACGCACAACGGUAAGCGGAUCGUGGAGGCCGUGCGCAACUUCAAAACAGAGCUGUAUCCGUGCAUCGGCGCUGUAGGCGCACCGUGCAAAGUGACCGUUAACCUUGGCCAGAUGGGGUUUGUGUUUAUCGAGGCCAACGUGAAGAAACUCGGCUUCUGUGAGAACCAGAACGAGGGAGCCAUUGGCGCCCCGCCGUUCUACUCGCCAAAAACGAUCAAAAACGACAUUUUGCUCGACCAAGGUGAACAGCUCCCGCCGCACUACCCCUCGGACGAGGAGACCUUCUUUGGUCCCAAGCCGUCCACGGAGAAACAGAUCAGAGUGCGCGGCGGCACACCAGACUCUGAUCCGCCAGAGUACCUGGCGGAAACGAACGAGAAGACUGACUCGAUAGAGGACCCCAGCCACACGAGUGUCAUGGAGCCCACCGAAUACGAGCAACGUAUUCACAUCGCCGAUCCGCUCAGCCCUGCCAUGGGCACCAGCAAGAACUCGGGCAGCGACUGGUUCAUCCAGAAGUCGCUGGACCUGCUCAAGGCCAGUCCCGACGAUACCACUGUGUCUAUCACGUACACGCAUUCGAAAUCGGGGUCGAAAUCGACCACUAAACCGCCAAAAGCCGUCAUCAAGUUCAAGACGUUCAAUCCAAAGACAGGCAUCUGUCUGACGUUCAAGACGUACAAGUCGAAGGAGUUCAACAGACUGGUCAACGUUUUGGGUCCGCGCGGAAGUUCAAUGACCAAGACCGACAACCAAGAAAAGAAAACCAUACAUCUGGACGGGUUCUCCAGUGUGAUGAGUAACGUCGAGUUCAAGCCGGAGGAGGCACCGGCCCAGCCUGUGGCCGCUGCGCAGGAAGCACAGGAGUCCGCUGGCAAGAAGAAGAGUAAGAAGAAGGGCAAAAAGAGGUAG